AUCUGUACAGUGUUCAACACAACUGUCAACCACAGACCAGAGCUGUGUCUUCCUGUUUCUGUCACACGCUAUUCAUUACAAGUUCACCAACUUAAUAAAGGAAAUGGAUUCCUGUUUGCUGUUUCUUCUGCUCCUGUUGAUGGAUAACAAUGGAUUGUGUCAACAAGAGGAAGUUUGCUCAAAGUCAGUGAUCAACUCCUGUGAUGACUGUAUCAGAUCUGGGCCAUACUGCGUGUGGUGCAAACAGCUGAAUUUCACCAAAGCAGGUGAACAGGAAGCAGUGCGUUGUGACACCAAAGCUCAGCUGAUAGAAAGAGGCUGCAUGGCAGAAGCAAUCAUCUCCUCCAACAAUGAGCAAGUGAUUAAGAAAAAUAACCCACUGACCACAUCAUUCAACCGGGAGGAGCCUGUCCAGCUGGCACCACAGGAAAUUGAUCUGAGACUGCGACCCGGGCUUCCUAUGACAUUCAGAGUUUCUUUUAAAAGACUUCAGGGUUAUCCGGUUGAUCUCUACUACCUGAUGGACCUUUCUUUCUCCAUGAAAGAUGACUUGGAAAAUGUCAAAGGACUGGGACAAGAACUUUUUGCAGCCCUGAAGAAAAUUACUCAACAUGGUCAAAUAGGGUUUGGUGCAUUUGUUGAUAAGACAGUCCUUCCUUACACUAACACCAACAAGGAGAAACUGGAUAAGCCAUGUGAUGAGGAUAGCCAGCAGUGUCAGGCUGCCUUUGGCUACAGACAUGUCCUCAGUAUGACACCAAAUCAGAUUGAGUUCGAAGCAAAAGUGAAAGAGCAGUUCAUUUCUGGGAACUUGGACUCUCCAGAAGGGAGUCUUGAUGCCAUGAUGCAAGCUGCUGUAUGUGGGGACAAAAUAGGAUGGAGGAAAAGCAGCACUCGGCUGAUUGUACUGACCACUGAUGAUGGAUUCCACAUGGCUGGCGAUGGAAAACUGGCUGGUAUACUGGAACCCAAUGAUGAACAGUGCUACAUGGAAAACAACCUCUACACCAAGAGCAGUGAGAUGGACUACCCGUCUGUUGGACAACUAGCUAAGCAGUUGGAAAAAAACAAUAUUCAGCCGAUAUUUGCAGUGACAGAAAAUAUGCAAACUGUGUACAAGCAACUCUCUAAAAUGAUUCCGAAAUCAGAGGUGGGAGUUCUGUCACCAGAUUCUAAAAACAUUGUUCAGUUGAUUGAAGCUGCUUACAAUCGGUUGUCCUCCAAAGUAACUUUGACCCAUGACAAUCUCCCUGACAAUGUAAGAGUUCUCUACACCCCUAUAUGCAGUCAUGCAGGACCAACAAGAGACACCGAAGGAUUUUGUGAUCGUGUACAUGUGGGAGAGGAGAUCUCUUUUAAUGUCACUGUGACAGCACUCUCAUGCAUGAAGGACACUUCUUUCACUAUCCGACCACUGGGCAUUAAGGACACAUUGACAGUGACGUUAUCUACAGUGUGUGAAUGUCACUGUCAGGACCCCAUCACCACAAACCACACACACUGCAAAGAGAAGGGAAGUAUCAGCUGUGGCAUUUGCAGCUGCCAUGAAGGCUACGUUGGUCAGUUCUGUGAGUGUGCCAUAGGUGAUAAAGAUGAACGCUCCCUACGGGCAUCCUGUCAAAGGCAGAAUGGCACCGAGUGUGAGGGUCGAGGAGACUGUGUGUGCGGGAGGUGCCAGUGCCACACCACAGAGAAUGGAAAAAGUUACCAUGGUGACUUCUGCGAGUGUGAUGAUGAACACUGUGAGAACUUCCAGAAUAAACUCUGUGGAGGAAAUGGUAAGUGCAACUGUGGUCAAUGUGAAUGCUAUCCGGGCUUUGAGGGCACAGCCUGUCAGUGCAAGGUGUCUGAUGAGAGCUGCCGUACGGUUAACAACACCGUGUGCUACGGCAGAGGGACCUGCAAGUGCAAUCGCUGUGAGUGUAAGGAGGGAUACCAGCGCCCACGAUGCCAGCAAUGUCUCGGCUGCCCUGAUACAUGCCAGACCAAACUGAAUUGCAUCGAAUGCCUCGGUUUUGAAUCAGGUCCCUUUAAAAAAAACUGCUCCGCGGCUUGUGGCAAAAGUAUUUUUCAUGGAAUGGUAGACCAGUUCACCAUAGUAAGUAAGCAGUGCCAGCAGAAGGACUCAGAGGGCUGCUGGAUCAAAUUUAAGCUGGACCAGCUGGUGGGAGAGGAUAACUACAGGGCUGAGAUUCUGAGAGAGAGAGACUGUCCAGAACCACCCAGCAUCGUAGCUAUCAUUGGAGGCUCCAUAGCAUCUGUGGCUCUCAUUGGCAUUAUAGUGCUGCUGCUCAUCAAGCUACUCAUCUACAUGAAGGACCUGAAGGAGUUCAGGAAAUUUGAAAAUGAAAAGAAGAAAUCCCAGUGGGCAAAGGCUGACAACCCACUGUUCCACAAGGCCACCACCACAGUGGCCAACCCCACCUUCACUGGAGAGUGACGGCCUCAACUGCAGCACAGUGCUCACUUAGCAAACACGGCUGUAUCUGAUUUAGGUCUGUUUGUUAGAAGAAUGUCAUUUGUAAUGCUCAUGCGUUAUUUGCAGAUUUCCACUACUGGCAUUAAUGGGGACUUGCUUACUAUUUUAGUGAUGGACUGCUCUCAUUUACCAUCUACAGGCUGCAUGCACCUUUGCUCAAAGCUUAUUUUACUUACAUGAGAUGUAUUGUAAUGUAGUACAGCAUAUAAUAUAUACAGUAGGAGAGUUUAUAGUGGUAUAGCAUGUACAGGUUAAGCAGAAUAUAAUGUGUAUAACACAGUACAUUCACUGGAUGUAUCAUAAGGACAGAGAUACUCAUUCAAAGCACUGUUUUUCUCUUGGUGUGGUUAAUACUUACUAUUAAUAAAUUGACGCUUUAAAAUGA